AUGUUAGACGUGGAUCUGGUCAAGCAUAAUAUUGGCGGGUGUACUUUUGACACCCCGAGUCGAUACUCCAAUAUACAACUGCAAGGCUUUGGCGCCUAUGGUGUCGUGUGCUCCCUAAAGGAUAAUAUCACCUCGGAGACGGUUGCGAUCAAGAAAAUCCCAGGCUCAUUCCGGUCGGAGGAGGCAGCCAAGCGGACAUUUCGUGAGGUCAAAUUACUUCGGCAUCUCGAACAUGAGAAUGUCAUUUCUUUACGAGACAUCUUUGUCUCCCCGCGCGAUGACAUAUAUCUAGUGACGGAUCUCAUGUCGACCGAUCUGGCCCAUAUCAUCGCUCUGAAGCCUAUAGAUGAUGAGUUCGUCAAGUAUAUUUUCUACCAAAUCAUGCGGGGUUUGAAAUACAUCCAUUCAGCCGGCGUUGUGCAUCGCGAUCUCAAACCAAGCAAUGUACUGGUGGAUGAGAACUGCGACAUCAAAUUAUGUGACUUUGGGCUCGCCAGAAUAGUCGACACCACUAUGACGGGAUACAUCACCAUGCGACAUUAUCGAGCUCCCGAAACAAUGCUGACAUGGCAAAAAUACACCGUCCAAGUCGAUAUGUGGAGCGCGGGUUGCAUACUUGCAGAAUUAAUUACAGGAAGACCACUGUUCCCUGGCCAAAGCCACGCCGACCAAUUCUCUGUCAUUCUCGAUCUUUUGGGCUCUGUUCCUCAGAGUGUCUUAAUGACAAUUUCUUCUAUGAACACUUCAAAAUACAUCGCAGGACUGCCUGCGAAAAGCAAGCGUUCAUUUGCAGAAAAGCUACGAAACGCUUCGCCCGAUGGUAUGCUCCAACUAGGGAAGAGAAAGAUAAACGCUUACAUGAAUUUAUGCACAGCCAUAGAUUUACUCGAAAAGCUGCUAGUUUGGGAUCCAAAGGAACGUCUGAUUGCCGGAGAUGCUCUUGAACAUCCAUAUCUAGAUCUCUACCAUGACCCCACCGAUGAGCCAGUGGCGAAGGAGAAAUUUGACUGGUCGUCCGUCUCUCAAGAUCAUUCACUUGACCACUGGAAGAUCCUCACAUACUCGGAGAUCAUGAAUCAUCACAACGCUCAAAUCUCGGAUGACCUAAUUGACUUCCAAGGCAUGUUGAACGAUUAA